UUUCGGCUUACAGCUCAAGCUUCCAAGUUUCUCAAGCGCCAAACUCUUCGAACAUCAUGGGCAAGGGCAAGGGAAAGGACAACAAGGAGGAGAAGACCGCCGCUAAGGACGCUCCCAAGGAGGAGAAGGGCGGCAAGAAGGGUGGCAAGAAGGGAGGCAAGAAAUAACCACUCCUUACUCCUGAGUUUCGUCAACUAGCAGGAUGAGAGAUACUCUUACAUAGCAGUGUCGCCUGGCCUAGGAUUUCCAUCGCAGCCACUCAAGAAUAAAUAUGAAAUUCGCCCACCCUUA